CACCAGUUGACAAUUUGAAAUCAUUAGCCUAGCUACCUUUCCUACUUCAGUUAUCCCGCCAAAAUCCAACGCCUCAAAAUGUUCAAAGUACUGUUCGUGCUCGCCGCCUUCGUCGCCUCUCAGGCUAUCGCCCAUCCCGGCGUGGUGGCCGUGGCACCCGUGGUGGCGCACCCGGCGGUGGUCCACACGCCCAUCAUCCAUCAUGGAGCCCACUCGGUGCACUCCCAUGUUGUUCAUCAUCCGGCAGCCGUCAAGGUCAUCACACCCGUCGUCCACAAGCCCGUGGUGGCGGUGCAUGCUGUCAGGCCGGUGGUUCCAUUGGUUCCAGUGCAUCAUGCCGCCCCCGCCGUCGUCGUGCAUCAUUAAGUGCAGCGAAUACGGUUCACUUUCAAUACCUUUCCCGCUCCCGAUCCCGUUCCCGAUCCCCACCAGACCCAGACCAAUCCCUUCCUGAGCACCAUAACCACGAUCCCACAAUAAAAGUUCAUAGCCACG